AUGGCGUCACAAGCACCUACGAACGACGAGAACCCGAACAGGCUUGACGAGCCAGAUACCCGUCAACAGGUUAUGAGUAGCCCAAGUGCUGCCGGCGUGGGAACUCCGGCGAGGGUCGUGGUAGAGACGACUGUGAAUGGUACCUUCCCUGACGGAAGGGGCCAUCAGAACAUGGAUGGUGAAACCGUUGAUCCAUCUGCGGCAGCAGCGAGACAGAGUGGACCUGAGUCGUUUUUGAUUUACCGAAGACGGGAAGAAGUGGAUCGUGGAGCGGUUCCGGCGGGUGUCCUGCCGGCGGCUGUGGCUUCCGAGCCCACGGCUCCUGUUACGGAUGGAAGAUCAAUUGACAACAGGGCCCACCUACGAGUGCAAGGAGGUGCUGGUCCGGCUCUCCUAGAUGGGAUGAGGAGAGUGGUUCAGUCACUACCGGCUGUUGUGGAUGGGUUUGUAGGCGGGGCAAUGCCUGCCCCACCACGGGCGGCGUCGCCAUCUGCAGGUGAUGGAGUGGAGUAUGCGUCUGUGAGAUCUUCUGUGACUGUAGAUGGAGGGAAGCCUUUGCGUAGUGAUCCUCAGAAUCCUGGUGACCCGCUCUUUGAUGACGAGGCAUUACAGAGACUGAGGAACCUAGAGGAGGCAGCCCCGCACCUGUAUGCUCCUGCGAGUGAGCCAGUGCCUCCGGGCACGGCGGCUUCUACAGCUUCAAGUGACAUACAAGCAGAAGUGAGACGACAGUUGGUUGAGGUCAUGACAGCGCAUGACGCAGAGACGAGAAGAUUGCGUGAACACCUGGAGGCCUUGACAGCUGAGAAUGUGGAGUUGCGGCAGAGAGUGGAAUUCCUGGAUUUGGGUGGUUUGGUAGAAGUAUUGGUUCUCUUCUGGGUGGCAUACGUUGAGGGCCCGAGACAGCAUCAGGCCUUGAACUCCAUCAAUGCCUCCCGACUUACAGGACCUUCGCCUCCCCAGGUGGCGAGUAGACCUCAGGUUCUUCUCCCGGUGGUUGAUGAUGAUGAUCAGGUACAGAGUCAGCAGCUCGAUGCUGCAGCGGGACCUGAGGCCACAGGUUCUGGUGAUGCGGGAUCUGUCGAUCCUCUGAGCGUGGUCCUCACAGGGAUGGCACAGCUACAGGGCUUAGUCUCAGAACUUGCCAAUACCCCUAAGGCCACCGAUAAGGAACGCCCCGAGGUAAUAAAACCGGGUGUGACGACCUUGCCUGAGCUACCUCACCCAGGACCGGAGUCUUGCCUUCAGUUCGCAGACUGGAUUCACGGCUCUAGACCGCCCUUGAGUGACAUAAGUGACACGAGCGAAGAGCUUUGGGAGUGUACGCUUCAGGAGGCUGGAGUAUGGUAUAGAGGCAUUAAAGAUGAAGUGAGCGCGUCGCGAGUAAGUGGGCUCCUUCCUCUCAUGCGCAAGUUGUACACCAUCUAUGCUCCGGGCAGUCUUAGUGAGCGUGAAAUCGGACUCAAGAGUAUCUCCGAUCCCCCGGCUGGGGUCCACAUUUCUGAUACCGUGGAAGGCUUGAGGAAGUGGAAGCGCUGGACGGCUCGCAUGACAGAACUCGGCGGUCCUAAGGAUGGGUCCCGGGAAGGUCCGAAGGAUGGGAACGUGGCGCCCCCACCGAAGAUUAAGGGUGUAGAGGCCACAGUGUACGUUCUUCUUGAGCACGGCAGGCUGCAAGAAGGGACCAGCGUCACCGAGCAGUACAAACCCAACCGCCAAUGGGCGUACAUCAAGACAGGUGAGCGUUCAGAUGCGCUGAGGGCAGUGUUCGCCCAGCCGUAUUUGAAGGAGUUGCCAGAUGAGAUGAACGUGCCCGUCGCCGAACUCUCCUUGCCUCUACCAGAUGGAUCGUGUAAGGGUUGGGAUCUUCGUAAGGCAAUGGGAGCUUGGUCAGUCCUCCUCUGGGCUGCGGCUUCAGGCAGAGUUGCUGGGGUGUUGUCUGCCCCACCAAAGGAUGCGUUCCAAGUGGGCUCUCCUCUAGCGGUACAGGACAUGUUCCUGUGGACCUUGGCCUCGGUUGCAAAGGGUAGAGGUGUGCCAUACUUUCGCAGUUCCAAUUUGCCGUUUGGUGAUGAGGGCCUCAAGAGAGCCUGGAAGACCUGGUCGAUGAUGAAUGAUUUCUCUCCCUGUGCGGUGGACCCUGAAUGGAUCCAUGUGGUCCCUGCCACUGUGAUUACCAAUCUUGAGUUGCAGCACCUUGCAAGGCAGCCCAUAGAGCAUAUGAGCAAUGGGGCCAAUCUCUUGAGCAGCAAAGUUCUUCUGACAGUGAUGAAAGGUGGGUUCGAUCCGGCUGAUGAGCUUGAAGCAUGGCGCGCCCACAUAGCGAACGGGCACCUCCCGUAUCGGAGAGAUUGCCGGCAAUGCGUGGAGGGCGCCGCGCCCGGCAUCCAGCACAGGCGGGUCAAGUAUCCGCAGGCGUUCGCCCUGUCAGUAGACCUAUUCGGUCCGCUUCCCAAGCAUGAGUCGGGCAAGGAUGAGCAAUCAGUGUCCGGCAACCCACAUGUAAAAUACGGCCUAGUCGGUGCGUUUAGAGUUCCUAAGGCCCUCCUUCCAGAUAAGGGAAAGGUGUGUAAACCCAAGGGGAAUAAGGAUUCGCAGUUUGAACAAGUGGAUGAGUUGUUGGACUACGUGCCUUCGGGAUGUGAAGAAGCUGAGGAGAAGGCUGUGGAGGUAGACAAUGGACCAUUUCCAAGUGAGUUGAAGCUGAUUCCAGGCUCUACGGUGAUUCCCGAGGAGGACUCUUUGUCCCUGUUUGAUGAACUGGAUCGCAUUCCCCUAGAGGAUCCAGAACACCUUUCUCCAGAUUCCAAGGAGGAAGAAACCCCAAUGAGUCGUGAUGACUUGGAGGUUAUGGUGGAGGAGCUGAAGAAACCGGUCGACAUGGUGGUUUUGAGAUAUUUCGUUGGGUUGCGGUCCAAGACUGGUGUAGAUGUAGCGGAGGGACUUCAGAAGAUGAUCCUAGGAAUAAACCGCAAGUUUCCGGUUCGUAUAGUGCAUUGCGACUUGGGUACCGAAUUUAUUUCAACGAAACUUGCAAGAUGGCUCAGUGAACACUCUGUGCGUGUUCAGAAUAGCCUUCCCACAGACAAGCAAGCCAAUGGUCUGGCCGAGCGCACCGUUGGUUGGCUAAAGAGUAGAAUGAAGACGCUGAUAGCCGGAGCCGCUGUGGAUAUACGGUUUUGGCCUCUAGCGGCACGCUGGGCGACUGAGGCCCAUAACCGCACCGUGUUCAAUGAGCCUCCCUUACCACACUUCGGUCAGGAAGUGCUGCAUAAGCUGAAGCGACCCUCUGGAGCACUCAAGGACCUCUCUACCAGAUGGGUUAUGACUAGGUAUAUGGCACCGCAUCUAACUGUCCCGGAGGGCCACGUGUUGCUUACGGGUGACAACCUUUUGGUUUCAUCGAAGGGCUUCCGGAAGGACGUGAUUGAUUCGACAGCCUUGGAAGAAGCCAGAGCUGAGCCAUUGCAGGAGGAGGAGAAUGAGGAUCUGGAAGUUGAGCCUACUGAGGGACCCCAUGUUGGGAUUCCGGAUAAAAGGUUGAGGUUUAAGACCUCUGUGAAGUUCGUUGAAGCAGAUGUUGCCAAGGAUCCGGAGCACAUUUCCUUUGAAGCCAUCGCUCAGGAUUGUUUCAGCAAUAAGGCUUGUGCUGAGGUUGUCGAUAGCCUAUGUGGGAAUCUUCACCCAGUUUCGGACAGACGGGGAGAAUUUUCUGGGAGGUUAGUCUUGGGUGCUUAUUGCCAUGGCGGAAAUAGAGGGAUCACCAAGGUCUCGCAGCAGUAUCCGCUAACGGUAAAGUACCUGAAUAGCUCUUCUUCUGACAGCAGUGAUGAUAGUGACGAGGAAGAGGAGGAGGAAGAAGAUGUAGUGCAUGAUGCGAUGGACGAAGAUCUUCAGGAAGACAGCUAUACGCCGUUCAUAGGUGUUGAGUGCCCCGCCGACCUGUAUUAUCUCUACGUUGAAGACUUGGUGGAGAUAGGGAUACCUGUCGAAGAGGCAAAAAUGGCUAUGAGGGGCGAAGUUCGCCUUCUGGAUAGAAAGCACCGCCAGAUUCCCUGGUCACUGCAGAACCGUACCCUGUUCGAGAAGUCACCAGCGGACGUCAACCGUGAAGCGUCAGUGGCUAAGGUUGAUGAAGGGAUGUACACGAAGGAUGUAGAGCGUAUCCUUGAGUCAUUGACUACAGCACUUCGUGUAGUGCACAAUGUGUCGCCGAGUGAGGUGAGACAGCAUUUGUCGCGCUGGAAGGAAGCUGCCCAAACUGAAGUCACAGCUUUGGUGACGAUGAAGGCCAUCAGAAGGUUGAAAGGCGAGGAGGCUGCUAGGGAGCUCAAGUUGCCGGGCACACAGGUCAUUCCUGCCAAGACGGUUUUCACAGCGAAGCCAGGAUCUGCGGCGUCUCUGUAUCGCAGGAAAUGCAGAGUAGUGGGUUGUGGGAAUUAUGAAACUCGUGAGGCCGGUAUCGAUGUCUAUGCAGGUGGUGUCCCGGCGGACGUGUUACGGGGUACACUCAUAGAAUCCGGUUCUAGGAAGUAUGGUGCAUAUGUUACGGAUGUGCGUAACGCAUUCCUGCUUGCCCCAAUCCCGUCUCAUGAGAAGGUCCGUAUCCUUCUUAAGCCCCCGAAGGUUCUCUAUGAUAUGGGCAUAGUGGACCUUGAUGAGUACUGGGCAAUAGACAGGGCUAUGUACGGACUCAGACAGAGCCCCCGUUGGUGGGGUAACUACCGUGAUGGUGUUUUGAAGAAGGCAGUGUGGAAUUGCCAUGAUGUGAAGAUGCAUUUAAGGCAGUGCGACCUUGAGUCAAAUUUGUGGUUUAUAGAAACAGAGUCUGGUGAAGUCUGUGGUUUCAUGCUUGUCUACGUGGACGACAUUUUGAUACUUUCCACAAAGGAACAGGCCACAGCUCUCCAUUCUCAUAUCACUGCCCAGUGGGUGUGCACGCCUUUGCAGGAAGCGACUGAGCAUGACCCGAUCACCUUCCUGGGUGUGGACAUACAUGCUGCAAAGGAUAAUUCAGGUUCAACGGGCUUUGAGCUGGGACAGGUUGGUUACAUUGAGGAGCUUCUUCGAUCUUAUGGUCUUAACUCUUCGAGAAGGUUGAGUCCUCUUCCAAAGGACUGGAUUAAGGAGCAGCCUGACCAGGAGGAGUAUGGACCGGAGGCUCUCAAGAAGGCGCAGAAGAUUACCGGAGAACUCUUGUGGAUCACUCAACGCACAAGAGUGGAUCUGGGAUACGCUGUCAGUUUGAUGCGAAUUGUAGUCUAUACCGAUGCCUCUUUUGCACCUUAUGGAGGUGACGUGCAGUUGGCAGACGGUUUGACUAAGAUUUUACCCGGUGAGGCUGAGGUCACGCAUCCCGCACAGGCUGCCAAUGAGGUGCCAGGUGAGGCUGAGGUUACUUAUGCUGCACAGGAGCUAUGGAUAUGUCCGAUGAAGAUGAACCGUUGUUCUUUGGGCUAUACGAUGAUCACGUUAGCCCAGUUUGUCACCUUGGACUCCAUCGCGGCUGUCUACUUUCCCUUGGUGAGGGUCCAGCCCUGGCUCAUGCUGUACUUCGCCUUCUUGAUCGCCAUCGUCUCCAUCUCCGUCAUGAAUCUGGUUACCGCUGCUUUGGUAGAAGGCACCUUAGAGAAUGCUCGCAUGCUGCGACAGGAGGAGGAGAGGAUGCGGAGCGCCAACACCCAGCAGAUGCUCCCGGAGAUCUUGGAGCUCUUCGACCGAGCGGACGAGGACGGAAGUGGCGAGCUUGCCAUCGACGAGAUGCGACGAUUUGAGGAAGCCGGGCACGUUCCAGAACAAAUCCUGGAUCGUGCUUCCGUGAGCAGCAUGACCGAGCUCUUCAAUGUCUUGGAUGUGGACAAGUCCGGCGUCGUGACUCGUGAGGAGUUCGCAGAAGGGCUCCUGGACAUCUUGCUCCGAGACGUGUCUGUCUCCGCCCUGCAGCAGAUGAAGAGUCUCGGGAAGUAUCUUGAACUGGACAGUGGCAGCAGCCCUGUCCAGUUGCUGAUCUACGACUGGGCCUCUGCAGAGCUGGGUUCUACGAUAGCGGCCAUCUUGAUCCAGGAGGUCCUCGGCUACCAUGCGAGGCUAGACUCCGAACGGACGGUGACCGUCUUCGAGGGACUUCUGGCCCUGGCUGGAUGUACAGAUUUCGACUGCACGUCAACCGUGGAGCGGAAGCAUGUGGCGGUAGAGAGCUGGCUUAGCGAAGUGAUCACUCUCUAUCCACUUUUUCGAGAUGCGCACCCUGCAAUUUGCCCGGAGGACAUGGGUACCAUGGGCUACUUCGGGAACCACAACCUCUUCGUGAAGGCCCACGUCAGAGACGAGGCUUAUCACGACGUCGGACUAGCACUGGAAUUCUACAGGAGCUACAACACGAGCCACCAUGAUCCCAAGAAGUACUUCGACUCUUUUACAGAUAUCCCACAGUCGGAGUUUUUCCCGUGUGACACCCCAGGGAACGAAUUUGUGAAUACCGUGCGGAUGGAUCUCUAUGUGCAGUACACUGGGGAUGAGGCCGGGGUAACACUGACGCCCGACGGCUAUGUCGCUUACUGCCCAGAUGGUUAUUUUUGGCUUUCGCCUGCCUGUCGCCACGACCCGUCCGGCUGCAUUCCCAUCAUUGCGGCAGGCAAUGGUUGGAUUAUAGAUGCUCAGAUGCAGUGGGCCACUGCGUAUGGAUUCCCUGCCGCGAUCGGCAUUGCCGCAACCUGGGACUUGUACGUGCAUCAGGUGGCUACUUACAAGACGCUUUUCUAUUGGUGGGAGCCCGAUGCGACGCAUAUACAGCUGAAUCCGACGGGGAUGGUCUUCCCACGUCACAUCGCCAGUGAGUGGGAAGCCGGGAAUCUGAGAACCGCAGGCGAAGACAGCUACAUCGGCAAGUUGGUCAGCCUGCAAUUGCGCACGGCAGCGCCCCAGGUGCGUGCCUUCCUGGACAAGAUGGAGAUGGAGUUAGCCCAGGUCUCUGAGCUCCUCCUGAGCGUCGCGAGCGGAGCUAGCUUCCAGAACGCCUCCUGUGAGUGGCUGCUUGCGAACCGGAGGAAGUGGGAGCACUGGAUUCCCGUCAACACCAACUGCCUUCCCGGCUUCGGCUUCGCCAAUGCAGAGGGCAUAGCAGUGAGCACUCGAGAGGAAGCAACAGGUUGCAGCCUCUGCCCCUCUGGAACUUUCAGUUCCGCCGUCCUGGACGACGUCGGUCAGAGCUACCGGUGUGAGUCCUGUGCUCCAGGCACGGCGCAGAGCCUCCAGGGGGAAACCUCCUGCAGCGCAUGUGAUGCGGGCACGGUGGCGUCUUUACAUGGUCAGGUGGAGUGCAAUCCCUGUGAUCUCGGCAGCUACACGAAUGAAACUGGAAAGACAGUAUGCAUUCCUUGUGCGGAUGGCAGUGAAGUUUGGACGACGAGCCGUGCCGUCAUUGACCGCGGGGAGGAGAAGUGGAUCCAGAUCACGGGUGCAUCCUCACCGAGCUUCUGUGUCUGUGUAGAGGGCUACUUCUUGCACAAUGGCCAGUGCCAGAAAUGCAUGGAAGGUUCGAGUUGCCCCGGCUCCGGGCAGCUAACAGUUCUUCCGGGCUAUUUCUCCGCCCUAGACAGCCCAGGUGAAGUCUACGAGUGCUUCGGGAACAAGCUCCGCUGUCCCGGGGGUGAACCGGGGACUUGUGCUCCUGGCCGUGACACGGACAGUGUGAGUUGCUACGAUUGCCUUCCCGGGCUUCGAGCAGUUGACGCUGGCUACUGCUGGGACUGUGCUGGAGGCGACUAUGCACUGCUGUUGUUCGUCGUGCUCAUCUCCGUAAGUGCCAUCGUCGGCCUGUACUACUUCCUUAUGCGCGAGGGCGAGCGGAAUACGCAGCCGGGGCAUUUGCUCGUUAUCGCUCUGGGGCUUAGUCAGUUGGUGACCGUCAUCCAGAAGCUGACAGUCAUCCAGAAGUUCCGGAUCAGCUGGAGAGAGCCGGUGGUUAGUAUCCUGAACCUCUUCGAGCUGAUGUCCCUGAAUCUGGACAUGCUUUCCAUCAGCUGCGUCACGAGCAUGGGACCCGUCUUCAAAUACGCAGUGAGGAGCCUAAUUUCUCCGAUCUUCGUCUGCGUAGUUGUGGUCCUGCAUGGUUUCAACCUUCUGAUCAAGGGAAAGCUGACGAAGGGUGGUGACCUGGAAAUCAGUCAGCUUCUUCGGACGAUCGGCUCACUCUUCUUGAUCUUCUACAUCUCGGUGUUCACCGCCAUCCUGGCCCCCUUCCAGUGCAACUACCAUCCCAACGGGAGGUCCACGGUCCAAGAGUACCAUACCGUUUUCUGCGAUGGGCAGGACGAGCAUCUGCACAUGAGCAUUAUCGGCGGAUUUGCAACUCUCAUGCCGAUCUCCUUCCUGGUGAUCUGCACGUGGGUGACGCUGGUGGAGCUGCCCCGACGACUCCAGGAAGCCGAUGUGCGCUUCGUGCGAGCCUGCUCCUUCCUGUACAUCCGCUUCCGGCCUGGUGCGGAAAUCUUCUCUGUGCUGUAUUUGACUCGCAACGCCUUGAUCGUGCUUUGCCCGCUGAUCCCCUCCGUCUCCACCAAGCUGGUCUGCAUGAACAUCCUACUGUAUGCGAGCCUGACCAUAACAUCCUUCUGCAAGCCGUGGCGAGUGAUGGCAGGCAACAUGCUCGACACGCUGCUACAGAUUUGCAUCAUCGUGGUUCUAGACAUGGCGUCAGUCUUCGUUGGAGCGGAGGUGGACGCCGACACGUCGAUUGCCAUCUGCGUCUUCUUCCUGGUGCUCAUGUUCCUGGCGAUCCUCGCUGCGGUUCUCUACGGGGCCGUGAUGCACAUGCGCUUGAAGCAGCAGAAGCCUUUCAGGUUCUUCCUGUGCCAUCAAAAGCUGGCUGCAGGAGGCGUCGCUCGGCUCCUCAAGAUGCGCCUGCAGAAGCGCAGCAGUCGCAACAGCACUUUCGUCGACUCGGACGAUCUAAAUGACCUCACAAGGCUCUUCAGCUACGUGGGCCAGGACACUGAGACCUUCGUGGUACUGUGCAGCCCAGAUGUGCUGUUGCGCAAGUGGUGCAUCGGCGAAAUCUGCACUGCGCGAGCCCACGAUGUUCACACAGUCCUUGUCAAGUGGCCGGAGUAUGUGGAUCCGGACGAGUUCUUCAUCAGCAACAUGGAGAGCAUCAUCCCAGGGGUCAAAGACCUGGCAAACUACAACAUCUCCAUGGACGACGUCCGGGAGAGUCUUCGGUUUAUUCAGACGGCGGAUUCCAUGAUCUUGCCCGCCAGCCUCUGCCAGGACUCCAUCAAAGACGUCUGCGAUCUCUUGGUGCGGUCGAAGGUUUCAAAACCUGAUCAACAUGCGCUGCGGGUGAGGAGCUCUGUCGCGACCACUAGCACGAAAUUCAGCUCCGAGACAGAGCGCGAACCCAUCUCGCCGGACUGUCCAAUCCUUGCUGAGCCAGGAAACAUCGAGGCCGAAGCCGCGGCGUUCAUCCUCAUGGACCUUCUCAUCCCGCGU